AUGGGCGAACACGGCCUUGAUUGGCUCCAAGAAAAGGCAAUCGGCUGGAGCCACCGACCUCCAGUUAACAAGAUUGACACCCACCACCACUGUGUGCCGUCCUUUUAUGCCAAGGCGAUCGAGGAGCAAGGAGGCGACCCAAGUGGCUGGCCAACUCCCCACUGGAGCCCGCUGGCUUCAAAGCUGCUGAUGAAACGCGUGGGAGUUCAAACAGCUGUACUUUCUGUCACAGCUCCUGGAGCUUGUAUCCUACCAGAUCGUAAAGCACGCGCUCAACUCGCAAGAAAGUUGAACGAAUAUUCAGCAGAUCUCAGGGACAAGGAGCCGGAGAAAUUCGCCUUUUUUGUGUCAUUACCCAAUAUCCUUGACACGGAGGAUGCUCUCGCGGAAAUUGCCUACGGGUUAGAUAGUCUCCGUGCCGACGGAGUCACUCUUUUCACUCGCUACGGCUCCUCCAACACCUACCUUGGUCAUCCAGAUGUUGAACCAAUUUGGGCAGAACUCAACAGACGAGGCUGUGUGGUGUUUGUCCAUCCCACCCAUCCAGUUGACACCAACCCCGUGAACUCAAAGUUACCACAGCCAGCUAUUGACUACCCUCACGAAACAACUCGUACAGCGAUGGAUAUGAUCACCAACGGAACCCGACUGAAGUAUCCCGCCUGCAAAGUCAUCCUAUCCCACGCCGGCGGAGCCCUGCCCUAUAUCAUCUCGCGCGUUACGACCCCUAUGAGAAAAGCACCCGACUUUGCAGUCUCGCAUCGUAUGGGAACAACGCAUGACAGGUCAAUGGAGUCUUUUCGUAGCUUCCACUUUGAUCUGGCGUUGAGCUCCUCGCCGCAGGUCCUGGAUAUGCUGUUGAAAAUGGUUCCGCGUGAUCACAUCUUGUAUGGGAGCGAUUUCCCGUAUGCCCCGGUAACUGCCUAUCCGGCAUUUUUGGAGGCGCUUGAGUCGUAUGAAAUGAGUCCGGAGUUGAGAGAUAUGAUCAACUUUGGGAAUGCGAUGAAGCUGUUCCCGCGGUUGUCAAGGCAGAGAGGCGGUACUUCGUAG